AUGGAUUCUCAGGACUUUAACCUAGUCAGAAGCAUCCAGAGUUCCCAACACUCGUUCAUGAUCACCGAUCCAUCGCUUCAGGACAAUCCGAUCGUUUUUGCGUCCGAUGAUUUUUUGAAACUCACCGGGUACACGCGCGAGCAGGUCCUUGGACGCAAUUGCCGAUUUUUGCAAGGUACCGAGACAAGUCAAGAAAAAGUCAACCAGAUUCGCAAGAAUUUAUCUGAGGGUGAAGACGUUACUGUCACUCUCAUGAACUACACUGCCGAUGGUACACCAUUUUGGAACAAGCUCUUUAUUGCCGCAUUGCGUGACGCGCAAAAUAACAUUGUCAACUUUAUUGGCGUCAUUGUCAAGGUC